AGAAAUAAAACCAAAUCUCAUAGACUUUCUUGAAUGGCAUUGCCGCGAUUUUGGUUCAAUAGACCAUAUCUGUAGCUGUUGCCGGUUAUAUCGACCGGCGGCGGGACGAUUCAAACUCUAUAUUUCGCGCGUGGAACACACGUUUUUCGACGAUUGGCCAGGAUCAUUCUCUGUACUCAUCGGCCGACGGUGAAUAUUUACUCUCUUGUCGGACAUUUUUCCCUCUUCGACUGAAUCCUUUGCUAGGGUUUCGGCCGAUUGUCAGAGGUAGCGAUAAGGAACUUUCAGUCGUUGGUUCAUUGUAUAACAUCGCAUCUAGCAGAUAAUGAAGCUCAAGAAGCAAUCUGUCACCGAGAAAGAUUUUUCCUCUCUCUUACGGAGGUACUCUCCGACGACGGUGCUGGCGUUGUUACAGGAAGUGGCACAAGCUCCAGACGCGAAGAUUGAUUGGAACGAUUUGGUUAAAAAUACUUCGACUGGGAUUUCGAAUCCCCGGGAAUAUCAGAUGUUAUGGCGGCAUUUGGCUUAUCGUCAUGCGUUGCUUGAUGAUUUAGAAGAUGAGAAAGCACCUUUGGAAGAUGACAGUGACUUAGAGUGUGAUUUGGAGCCGUUUCCAUCGGUCAGCUGCGAAACUUUGACAGAGGCUGCAGCGUGUGCAAAGGUGUUUAUCUCUUCUGGUUCUCCAAGUGACUUGAAUGUUCCGAACAGUAGCAUAAUAGAGGCUCCAUUAACUAUUAGCCUACCUAGAAGUUAUACGGAUGGAGUUCAGUUUGAAAAUGUAGACCCUGCUUGCUCCGUAAAAGGUGCAAUCAUUACGGUUCCUGUUUCUGUUCAAAGACAGCCAGUCCUUGCCCCACCAUCCGCCGAAGGAUUGAAUACAAAUGGACCAACAUAUGGCAACAAUGCUUCUCGAAGGAAAAGAAAACCUUGGUCGGAGGCAGAGGACCUUGAGUUGAUGGCUGCAGUGAAGAAAUGUGGUGAAGGGAAUUGGGCAAACAUCAUACGUGGAGACUUCUUGAGCGAUAGAACUGCUUCACAGCUAUCUCAGAGAUGGGCAAUUAUUAAAAAGAAGCAUGGAAAUUUGAAUGUGGGAGUCAACACAGCUGGUACACAACUAUCUGAGGUGCAGUUGGCAGCGCGCCAUGCGAUGUCCGUAGCUCUUGGUAGACAUGUUGGUAGCUUGAAAGCUAGAAUAAAUGGCUCAGCCAGUACAAGUACGAUUGGUAAUGGUAGUUCCCUUACUACAGUUGCCACCUCGGAACAAGUGCAAGAUAAAUUACAUCAAAGCCCUACUCAUGCAAAACCAUCUUCCAUUGGAUCGUCAAGUCUAACCGCUAAAACUCAAGUUACCACAUCCAAGAAGAUGGUCCCAAAGUCUUCUUUUGAUUCAGACUGUAUUGUUAGAGCUGCUGCAGUUGCUGCUGGAGCUCGCAUCGCUUCACCAGCAGAUGCUGCAUCUCUACUCAAGGCCGCUCAGUCGAAGAAUGCCAUCCAUAUCAUGGCCAAAGUGCCUGCUUCAACCAAAACACUCACUCCUGGCAGGGGGCCUAGCCAUUUAGAAGCUCAUCCUAGUAUUAAGUUACCCACCCUCUCUACCACCCCCACGGUUGUGCCAUCUCGUGGUGGCCCCUUGAAGAUUACAUCUCCAACAACUGCCAAAUUAUCAAGUGUGCAAACAGACCAGAAUACUGCUGUAGCCUCUGCCACUGCAUCCACUGCAUCUGCAACAGACCAGAAUACUGCUGUAGCCUCCACUGCAUCUGCUGAUUCAUUGUCAGAAAAGGAGAUCAAGAUAGCAGAAGAAAUUAGAGGUCGCAGUUUAGCUGGUGUGCAGGCCACAUCCCAAAAGGGUGAACAUUGUCUUUCCAAACAAUCAUUAUCCGGAAGAGUUCAACAAGAAAAGCCAGCUGACUUAGGACCACCGUUCAAAAGACAAUCAUCUGGGAGAGUUCAGGAAGAAAAGCCAGCAGAAUUGGGACCGCCGUUGAAAAGACAAGCUACUGAGACUAGUAAUUGCAGUAGUAGUUCACAAAACAUGCCAAUGGCUGAUGGCAAUACUAAAGUUGAAACUUGCAAUCAGGCCGAAGAGAGACAAAAAAGCAAUGCUAAUAUGGUUACUGGUUCCUCAGAUCAGCAAGGAAUCAUGAAUCAGUCACAGGUUGAGAGAGCUGAACCUCAGGACAUGGACAUUAAUAGUGAUGGAAAGGAUAGACCUAUUACGAAAACAGACAGAUGCAGUGAAAAUUCAAGGCACAAGGAGGCUGCAAGUGAGAUUUUGGAAGGAAACACCAAGGUUGACGGCUAAGAUGGUGGGAUCAGUUUUCCUCAGAUACUGCACAUAGCUUUUCUUGGCAAUUUUCCUGUCAAGUUUAUCAAUUAACUGUUUUCGAAUUAAAUGUGAGACUUCCUCGUUGCUAGAAGUGCACUUCUGUUCAUGUGAUAUGUUCUGCUACUUGUAUGCCCUCGAGGAACAUGGCGAAGCAGCAUUCAUUUGACCUGAAAAGAAAGGAAGAACAGUAACAUAUAAUCAGAAAUAUCAUAUGUACUUGUAUUUAUUUUGAUUUGUUAUUAAACUCUUGUUUUAAAUGUGUUUCUAACUUAGCCUUAAAAAAGGUGUAACUUCAAAUUCUUCUGUCUCAUGACUGAUCCAUGUCUAGGUCUGGACUCAAGGUUUGCUGUUAGUAUGCUAACAUGGCAAACUUGGUAUCACUGCUUUGUGUUGAGUUUAAAUUAUGUACCUAACUGUAAAUGCAUUACAAAAAAAAGUGUUUUAUUCCAUUUGUGGAAUGAGAGAAUUUAACUUAUGUCAAAAGUUGAUAAUACAAA